AUUUACUAUGUCGGAUUUAAACAAUGUGACUGGAUCAAAUAUCUUUAAAUUUUCACAAGAAGAAGCAGAAAGUUUAAUUAAAAAGUGUAUACAAAAUAUCAUUGGAACUAAUCCAUACACAAAUGAAUCAGCUAAAGAAUGGGCUAGAACUAUUGUAGAUAAUUGUAGAAGUGAUUUAGUAAAAUUAGGCAAACCAUUUAAAUAUGUUGUCAAUUGUACUAUAACUCAAAAACCUGGAUCUGGAGUUUACAGUGCUUCAUCAUGUUAUUGGGAUACAGGUAAAGAUGGUAACUGUAAAGUGAAAUGGGAAAACAAUCACGUUUAUUGUAUUGUCGUAGUGUUUGCAAUUUCUCUCUAAUCAAAUAUAUUAGACAAGAUGAUACAGCCAAUAUAGUAUUAUUAAGUGUUUUGGUUUACAGAUGAGAACAUUUUAAUUGUUUUAAAUUAUGCAC